AUGUGUUGUAUUUGUUGGUUUCUUUUCCGUCAAAAAGAACCAAAAGUAUGCCAUCGUUGUGGACAAAAAGUGGUUCAAAUGCGAUUCACUAAAUUUGGUUUUUUUCUUUGCUUCGGUGCUUCACUUUAUUGCUGCAUUGGACUUUGUUGUCUAUUUUUGUUGAGACAGAGACAUUGUCCAAUUUGCUAUAAAAAAGAUUUCGAGAAAAUUGCUCGAGUUCGAAGACAAAUUCAGUGUUUAGUGGAUGAUAAAUCUGAACUCAUAGCUGAAGCAACAGAACGUGCUGAAUCGUAG